AUGUAUGUGGACCUCAGCUUGAGAAACAUUUCGGGAGUAGAGCUUGUUUGCUCUAUACACUACUUCACACUUGAGAAUAUUAAUGGAAAAGCCCCAGUUCUGGGCACAUGUGUGGGCACAGAUACAGGCGUGAGCUUUAUGGGGCAGUCACCAAUGGACCAGAAAAACAGAAGCGGACAGAGGGAGGCGACACUGAUCUGCUUAUUGUGCCAACGGGACCUGCACAAUCUCAUCUCCUGUCCUGGGUGUGAGUGAGUAUACAUCACCAGGGAUGUAACUGAACAUUUUCUGCUGCAGUGCUUUUCUUCUGGGCAAUCCAAGAUGGUGAGGAACUGCUCGGAGUGCAAGGAGAAGAGGGCAGCUCACAUCCUUUGUACCUACUGCAACCGCUGGCUUUGCAGCUCCUGCACGGAGGAGCACCGACAUGGCCCAGCCCCUGGGGGCCCACUCUUUUCCCGGACCCAGAAGGGAUCUCCAGGAGUGAAUGGUGGUUCUGGAGACUUCGCCUUGUACUGUCCUCUACACACACAGGAAGUUCUCAAGCUGUUUUGCGAGACCUGUGAUGUGCUUACAUGCCAUAGCUGCCUCAUGGUGGAACACAAAGAGCACAGGUGCAGACAUCUUGAAGAAGUUUUACAAAACCAGAGGAUGCUUCUGGAAAGUGUGACUACACAGGUGGCACAUAAGAAAUCCAGUCUACAGACAUCUGCAAAGCAAAUUGAGGACAGGAUUUUUGAGGUGAAGCACCAGCACAGAAAGGUGGAAAACCAGAUCAAAAUGGCCAAGAUGGUUCUGAUGAAUGAACUGAACAAACAGGCCAAUGGACUCAUAGAGGAGUUGGAGGGCAUCACUAAUGAGAGGAAGCGGAAGCUGGAGCAGCAGUUACAGAGCAUCAUGGUUCUCAACCGCCAGUUUGAGCAUGUGCAGAAUUUCAUUAACUGGGCUGUCUGCAGCAAAACCAGCAUCCCUUUCCUUUUCAGCAAAGAGCUGAUUGUGUUUCAGAUGCAGCGAUUGCUGGAGACAAAUUGUAACACAGACCCUGGUUCCCCCUGGAGUAUCAGAUUCACUUGGGAGCCUAACUUCUGGACCAAGCAGCUGGCUUCCCUAGGCUGUAUAACUACUGAGGGUGGACAGCUGUCCCGGGCAGAUACUCCUGCUUAUGGAGGCUUACAGGGACCAUCAUCUUUUUACCAAAGCCACCAGUCCCCAGUGGCCCAUCAAGAGACUCUCAGCCAUCCCUCACACAAGUUCCAGUCUCCAGCGCUGUGUUCCUCAUCCGUGUGCUGCGCCCACUGCUCCCCAGGCUCGCCCUCCCUCAAAGGCCAGGCCCCCCCACCCAGCAUACACCCCGUGCACAGCUUUAGGCAGCCCUCCGAGAUGGGGCCCCAACAGUUAGGCUCCCUGCAGUGCUCCACACUGCUGCCCAGGGAGAAGGAACUGCCCUGCAAUCCUCACCCACCAAAGCUGCUUCAGCCCUGGCUGGAAACCCAGCCACCUGCAGAGCUGGAGAGCGCACCCCAGCGGCUGGGGCAGCAGCUGACUUCCCAGCCCGUGUGCAUCGUCCCCCCACAAGAUGUUCAGCAAGGAGCCCAUGCCCCGCCCACCCUGCAGACACCCUCCAUCCAGGUGCAGUUUGGCCACCACCAGAAGCUGAAGCUCAGCCACUUUCAGCCACCGCCACAGCAGCAGCUGCCACUUCCGCCCCCUCCGCCGCCUCCGCCCCAACAGCAGCCACCCCCACCUCUCCCUCCAUCCCAGCAUCUGGCUUCUAGUCAGCACGAGAGCCCCCCGGGGCCCACCUGUUCCCAGAACGUGGACAUAAUGCACCACAAGUUUGAGCUGGAGGAAAUGCAGAAGGACCUGGAGCUUCUCCUUCAGGCUCAACAGCCCAGCCUGCAGCUGAGUCAGACCAAAUCUCCUCAGCAUCUACAGCAAACCAUCGUGGGGCAGAUCAAUUACAUUGUGAGGCAGCCGGCGCCCGUCCAGUCCCAGAGCCAAGAGGACACUGUGCAGGCUGCAGAUGAGCCCCCAGCGUCUGAAGGCCCUAAGCCGGCUCUCCCUCUUGACAAGAAUACUGCUGCUAACUUGCCCCAGGCAUCUGGGGAGGAAAACCCUCACAGUGUCCCCCCACUGGACAGCGCCAUCCAGCACUCCUCUCCGAAUGUGGUGAGAAAGCAUUCCACUUCUCUGAGCAUCAUGGGCUUUUCCAACACACUGGAGAUGGAGCUGUCAUCUACCAGGCUGGCAAGGACCCUUGAGCCACAGAUACAGAGCAAGAGCAGCCUGACAGCUGCCCCACCCCAAGUGAUGCCCCAAGUGGUACCAAGCCUGUUGAGUGGCCCCCCACCAACCAUGUCCAGCCUAGCGAGUGGUCAAAACCAGGCUGUGACCAGCCUGACAGCCAGUCACCUGCCGGCCAUGCCCAGCCUUGUGCGUGGCCCACCCCAGUCCAUGCCCAGCCUAAUGAGUGAUCCCUCCCCGGCCAUCACAAGCCUGGCAAGUGAUCACUGUCAGGCUGGACCCAGCCUGAUGUCUGGCCCCACCCACACUGUGCCAGGCCUGGCAACCUGUCCUCUGCAAAGUGUGCUGCCAGCUUCUGAUGUGCCGCUGGAGACUGGGUCUGGCUGCAAUCCUGGUUCUGGCCGAACUGCAGGGGGCCUGUGCCCUGGCGAUGGAGCUGACCCCUCCCUGGGGAAUUCCUUGUGUAAGAUGGAAAGUGAGGAUUCUACCCGCUUCACUGACUCUCUGGGACAAGGCCCUACAGCCUCUGGUCUGGAUGCUUCCAAGGACUUGUCUAUCCCCUCAGACCUGGAGGAGCCAAUUAACCUCUCUGUGAAAAAACCCACACUGGUGCCAGUGGUCAGCACAUCUGUGGCCCUGCAGCAGUACCAGAGCCCAAAAGAGUAUGAGAGUUUUGAACAAGGAGCCCUCGGGCUGAACACAGAAGAGAACCAGAGUAUCAGACCCUUCAGUAAUGAGCCCAAGAUUCCCUACGUGCGCCUGGAGCGGCUCAAGAUCUGUGCUGCCUCCUCGGGCGAGAUGCCGGUGUUCAAGCUGAAGCCACAGAAGAAUGAUCAGGAUGGGAGCUUCCUGCUGAUCAUUGAAUGUGGUUCUGAGUCCUCCAGCAUGUCCAUUAAGGUCAGCCAGGACCACCUGCCUGAUGCCAUCCAGUCCCCAAAUCUAGGGGGAAGAAAGGUCACUGUCACAUCCCUGGCUGGGCAGCAGCCCCCAGAGGUGGAGAGUGCAUCUCCUGAAGAACACAGGCUCAUUCCUCGAACCCCUGGAGCCAAGAAGGGGCCCCCAGUACCCAUAGAGAAUGAGGACUUCUGUGCUGUCUGCCUCAACGGGGGGGAGCUGCUGUGCUGUGACCGCUGCCCCAAAGUGUACCACCUUUCCUGCCACUUGCCAGCCCUGCUCAGCUUCCCAGGGGGAGACUGGGUAUGCACGUUGUGCCGCAGCCUGACCCAGCCCGAGAUGGAGUACGAUUGCGAGAACGCCCGCUUCAGCCAGCCUGGAGUGCGGGCCCCUCCUGGCCUGAACAUAUAUGACCAGAAGAAGUGUGAGAAGCUGGUACUGUCCUUGUGCUGCAACAGCCUCAGCCUGCCCUUCCAUGAACCUGUCAGCCCGCUGGCCCGACAUUACUACCAGAUUAUUAAGAGGCCCAUGGACCUGUCGAUCAUCCGGAGGAAGCUGCAAAAGAAGGACCCAGCUCACUACACCACCCCGGAGGAGGUGGUAUCAGACGUCCGCCUCAUGUUCUGGAACUGUGCUAAGUUCAAUUAUCCCGACUCUGAGGUUGCAGAGGCAGGCCGCUGCCUGGAAGUGUUCUUUGAGGGCUGGUUGAAGGAGAUCUACCCCGAGAAACGGUUCGCUCAGCCACAGCAGGAGGACUCAGACUCUGAGGAGGUGUCUAGUGAGAGCGGGUAUUCCACUCCCCAGGGCUUUCCGUGGCCCCACUACAUGCAGGAGGGCAUCCAGCCCAAGAGGCGGCGGCGACAUAUGGAGAAUGAAAGAGCAAAACGAGUGUCGUUCCGCCUGGCCAACAGCAUCUCCCAGGUGUGAGGGCUGGAAGGAGACCAAGCACUCUGGCAGCUGGUACCCCCUCCUGUCGACCCCUCCUCCCCACCUUUCAGCGCAUUCUCCUUGGAUCGUGGACGUGAGAUGCUUCUUGUCGAGCCUGUACUGCCCUUCUUUGCCUUUUGCAUCGUACAGCAUUUAUUUGGGAGCCAUAGUGCAUCCACUACAGAGAAGAUUUCAGUAAUAAACAGCAAAGAGGGGGUGUUCCCUGUGAGCAGAACAGUCAGAUGUGUAGGGUCCACUUGACAAGACCACGCCUGGUCAGGCUCAGGAGGACCAUCCUUCCUUGGUGAAUUCUCCCUGCUGACGAAGGCAGACAUUUCUCACCUUGCAGUGUGCAGGGCUCAGGAGCAGCGUAUGUAUCUGAAUUCCUCCUGGGCCCAGAAGAGGGUAAAAGGAGGGAGAGAGGUUCUGGUGUAGCUACCGCAGGCCUGUGAUCCUUGGCCUAGCACAGCCAAAGACUGUCACUGUUUGCCUUUGUUUGGCCUGCUUGGACAGAGGCACCUGCCCUGGGUGUGGUAAUGAGGUUUCUAGAGGCCACAGGUCUCAACUGGUGCCUAUUCUCGGGUUCUCACGGUUUUCAGGGUAUUUGUUCUUCACGUCCCCUCUCCUGAUGCUGAUGCAGAUGGCCACUGUGGAGCUCUGGAUAGUGUGGCAUUCUUGACGGGGCUGGGGGGCCGUGCAGAGACCACUUAGGUCUUCAGGCUCGGAUCUUACUUAACAGGCUUAAGAAGAUUUUAACUUCAGAGCGUGCCCUCUAUGCCACCUCCUUGGAUUGAGAGCUCUUCUUUGGUGUCAGAACUGGCUUCUUAGAAGUGAUUAUUGGUGGUCACCCCUUCAUUAUGCCCAUUCACAGGUCCAGACCCUGAGUUCUGCUUGGGAGAACUGUGAGGAAGCUGCUAUCUGCUUCACAUACAGAGAUUCUGGGCCAAGGAGAAUGACCCACAACCAGCUCCCUCUGCUGGGUCUCUCCUCCGGCUUAGAGAUCCUAGCUCUCAACUCCUCCACUUCAUAGAGCCAAAGAUCAGAAGUGAGUCCUCUGACUCGCCUGCCCUCAGGCUGUCCAUAGCCGAGAAAAAGUCAAGACUCUGUUGAUAGCCCCCCACCCUCUUUUGUUUGUUGGAGGUUGGAGAAGGUCAGAGGGACUGGCAGGAGCCAGCCCUAAGCAUUCAUGGAAGUUCUGUCAGGGAUAUAAAACUGAUAGAAGCCUCUUCAGUGUCCUUUGGUGACCCUGAAGCAACUUUAGAACUUUAUUUCUCCAGGAAUUCAAAGAGAAGUGUUCUGGGGGCCACAGGAGCAGAGCUCCAGGCUACAUCUCAGUUAGAUGGUCAUGGUCCAUGCAAGGAGUUUGGGAGGAAAAGGCAUACACAGAUGCUGGGGGUCAGGCCACCUCAUUGGCAAGGGCUUGGUUGGGAAGGAACCUGUUGCUGAUGUUGGCUUGGCCUGGAGACAGCUCUCCCUGGUCCUGUCAUGGCUUAGCUAAUUUCAAGGGAGCUGCAGGUCAUGGCUUUAUUUUUGCCAAGAGAUACAGUUUAAGGAAAUUCUUGUCUUUAGGGCCCUUGUUAAUGGGGACAUUUUGAUCAGAGAAAACAUUUCUUCUCUCCUUGUGAGUGGAUGGAACUGCUCAUUUCCUUUCCACCCAGUCUGAGAGAGCAUCUUCACUUCAAAGCAGACUAUGCCCACUGACUUACCAUUCUCUCACCAGCACAUGCCAAGCUCUCCUAAGCAGAUGGGCUUCCGUAAUCAUGUUUUCUAGUUUGGGGUAACUAAGUCUUGAAUACUCCAGUAGCCAGGCAAUCUUUGGGUGUAACCAUCUGCUCUUUGGAGCUCAUAUGACUUUAUGGUUUGGGCUCUGGCCAUUUCCCUUUCAAUUUUUGAAUCUUUUUCUCUAUUUAGUUGGCUUGGAAAGGUUCUCUCUGUAAUUAUCUCAUUAAUUCCUCCUCUUGGUCAUUUUUCCUUUGUGUGGGUCACCUUCUCACCUUCUCUGGAUCACCUUCACGGUGCUUUGUGUUGGGCAGCUGGGUGAGGGCUGUGACAGUCUCAAACCUGAUUGACGUCUUUCCCCAAGACCAGUUGGAAACCACAAAUACGAAGCAGAAAUACUUAGUUAAGUGCUUGGCUUCCCUUGUAUCAGUGUUGUUCCCACUUGUAGCCUGCUGGGCCAGGGGACCUUAGUGAUGUGGUAGAGAGUCACAUGCUCCCUUCCCACUGCUGAGAACCCUGCAUGCCAAGAAGCUCCCUUUAGGCACCUGAGCAGGGAGGGUGGGAGGUAUGGUGUCCUUUCUUCCAAGAGUGUGUGGCCCCCCAUUCCUACGCUGGUUACCCCACAGCACUGCCCUCUCCUGGCUUCUCCUGUGUACUUAACACCAGUGUUGUAAGUCAUAGUUUUGUUUUGUUUUUGCAUGCAGAAAACAACAUGGUGUUUUAGAAAUUAAACAAAAGGCUACUGGCUGAGUGACUGACUUUAAUGGCUCUUUGUUAACAUUUGAGCUAAUCCCAUUUUUGACUUAUUCCUAUAAUAGUCCCAUUUUGGAAUCAGUUAAGUCCUUUGGUCAUUGACAAAGUCAUGAAGUGAAAAUGCAAUGAGUUCUGGCUUCUUAAGGUACAGAAUGCAGUCCUAGAAGAGAAAUUGGGUUUCUUGGAUAUGCUGAGAAACAGAAGAAUGGGCUGGUUUCAGCUGAUGCAAAGGAGAUUGUAGUGCUCUCUUCUGGAACCUAGGUGGGUUGACUCUGCCUAACUUCCAGCAGUUGCCAACUAUACAUCUUGCCUGUUUGUGUAAGUGGCAGCCACCAGAUCCUCUGUAGGCUCUGUAGGUCUUCACAGAGAACCCUGCCAUCAACCCUGGUGCACUCUGGCUCCUUGUACCCAAUUCUGGCAACAGGUCUUUGCCUUGCUCCUAAGACAUAGACCCCUCCCUAUAUGUUCCUGGGCUCUGCUCUGCUUUCUCUUUCACUCCAUGGUGUCACCUACAAUCUUCUCUUCUGAACUCCUUAACUGAGACUCUGCCCUUUCUGGAUUAACAUCCCCUGUGCUUCCUCUUCUCCCAUUCUUCCACUGCUAUUAAUUAAAUUGCCUGCUCCUUCAACCCAUUUCCAAGACCUUAGCUCUCUGUUCUCCCAAUCCUUCAGUCUUCUCCUGGACUUCCUCCUCUCCUGAGCCUAAAUCCAUGUCCUGUGAUACGCUGAUGCUUUUUUCAGCAUCCUGAACUUCCUCAUCCUCUCCAACUUCUGCUGGAACUAUCAACCAUCCUCCAUUUUCUGCAUCAGCCUGUGUUUAGCUGUGUUUAGCAUCAGCCCUCUUUCUGGGCUCCUAAGCAUGACAGAUUCAGAGCUGAGAGCCUCAGUUGGGCUCUCAGUAUUGAUUGGUGUAUCUUUGACUUGUUAUUACUCUGCUUUCCAUGCGUGCCCUUUAUCGUUUCUCUCAGCAAAUGACUGGCCUCAUUGCCUACUUCACAGAAGAGAGACCCUAAAACAAGACUUUUACUGUUCACAUGCUCCUCUCCCCUCCCAUCCCUCUGUGUAGCCGUCCUUAGCUCCCUACCAGUUAUUCCUGUUUGGUGCUCUACUUCUUGAAUCCUGCUCUGCAUCUUCCAAGACUUUGCUCCAUCGCUUAUCUCACUGCUCCCAUUUUCCAGGGUCUUCAGCCACACUCUCCACUGGUUACCUCCACAUAGAUAACAAACAAACUAAGGUCUCCCCAAGAUUAAAAUAAAAUUUCUUAGAGUCUGUUACACUUACCUUUUCCCCUUGUCAGCCAAGUUUCUCUUAACAAAAUAUUUUUUAUUGAUUCUUCCUAGUCACUCUUUCAUCCUCUAUAUAGUUUUUCACAAAAGUCACCAGUGACUGCCCGGUUGCCAAAUCAAGUGAAUACCUUUCAGUCCUCAACUGUCGUGAACUCCCUACAGCAUUUCACAUCAUCUACCACUUCCUCUUUGAAAAACCCUCUUUACUUGGCUUUGGUGACACCGUAGCUGUCUGGAUUAUCCUCUUUACCUCUCAGCCACACAGGCUGAGCCUUCCUUGAGAUACGGACAGGGAGCGCCAUCGGUAGCAUCCCGUGGUCUCCCCUCUUCAGGAGCCAGAUGGGCAGGAGGAAGCAUGGCUGCUCCUUCCCCUACCCUUCGUGUCUGCCUUUUUUCUUUGACUUCAUUUCUUCUCCUGGACUCAGUUCUCCUCAUGCCAAGUGUGUGUAUGAGCUCUGCUGGGAGGACAGCAUCUGUGAUUGAUUCUGUCUCUCCCAGCACAGGCACAGAUUUUAGCCAGAUUUUAGUGUGCUAAGAGGCCCUAUAUAAAUCAGGCCAGAAAUGUGGAUUAGGUCUUACCAAGAAGAAAUUUGGUAAACUGGAUUACCCAGUGGGUGGGCAGCUCAUCACCAGGAUCCUCACACCAUUUACAGCCUGCCUUAGCCGGUAAGGAGCAUGGGAUCAUGGUAAGCAUGUUUCCAUGCAUGGGUCAGUGCUCUAGCCAGGAGGAGGAUCCCAUCUGGAGUGGGUAUCUGCCACUGAUAACAUUCUGUUGGAGGGAAAUCAGGAAGUUCUGUGAUUCAUCACUUGCUUGGGGUUCAACUAGGGUCAGCCUGGCCCCUUGAGCCAGGUCGUCCCCGUCUGUAUUGAUCACCACCACCUGCUUGCUCCCGUUGUUUCUCGAGCUGGAGGCAGAUGCUGGUUAUUUUCUUGGAGGCAAGAAGGUAUGACAGGAAGAUGUAUUAUUUGAGAUGCUAGAUACCUAAGUUUUGACUCUGCCAAUUAUGAACUGUGUGACCUUGGGUACAGUUUCCCCAUCUAUAGAGUCGUUGGGAGGAGGUGGGGAGGGAGAUAUGAAAACAGUGAUCUCUCAGAGGCUCUCCAGCUCUCAAGAUGGUAAUGGUGAUUCUAAUUCUAAAGCUCAGGCCACACAGGGAACAAGAGAACACUGCAGUAGGACGUGGCUAGGGAGUCUUGACCAAGCCAGGGCAAAGGGCCUCACAGGCCAGACUGAGCUGCCUUGAGGAAAGUCUUCAGUAGCUGGUGCUGCUUCUGGAGCCAUCUGCUCAUUCCUCAAGCUGCACCCCUCUGUUGGCUGUGUAGGGUAAGUUCCUGCUAGGCCUCUUCUAGAAGUGGCCAUCGGAUCCAAGGUGGUUGGGGGCAUGAGGGAGGAACAUUAUAAGGGGAAGUGUCACUGAUCUUAAUAGAACCUACACAUUCAAGAACAAAUUAAAAAAAGAGCACUUUUCUUUACCA